AUGGUUAGUCUAGAAAAUGGGCGUGUCCUCAUUCUAGGUGGUUUUACAGAAAACUAUGCGUUGACUCUGGUGGAAUGCGCCGUACUUCCAACCGAUGACUGGAGAGCCAACACAGCCGGCACGUCUGACCCCUUCUGGCAUCUUCUAGCGCCUAUGCAUGAGGCUCGCGCGUCCUCCGGCGCCUGUGCCCUCCACGGUCGUGUAUUCGUUGCUGGUGGUGUCGACAGCGACCAUGCAAUCCUAUGGAGUGUGGAGUACUUUGAAGCACCGAAAGACGACAUUGGAGCCGGUUACUGGACAGUUGUACAGCGGAUGAAUGAGCCGCGAGACACCUUUUCACUGUUAGCACUUGACGACCGACUGUAUGCUUUUGGUACGUAUUCUCCUUAG